AUGUUGUCCGCCAAGUCCGCGCUUCGCACGCUCCGCACGCGCAGCGUCGCCGCCGCGCGUUUCAACUCCACCAAGGUGCAAGGCCAAGUGAUCGGUAUCGAUCUGGGUACUACCAACUCGGCCGUCGCGGUCAUGGAGGGCAAAGUGCCCAAGAUCAUCGAGAACGCGGAAGGUGCCAGAACCACUCCAUCCGUUGUGGCGUUCACCAAGGACGGCGAGCGCUUGGUCGGUAUUCCAGCCAAGCGCCAAGCCGUCGUCAACCCGGAAAACACUCUCUUUGCCACCAAGCGUUUGAUCGGUCGCCGUUUCGAGGACGCCGAGGUCCAGAGAGACAUCAAGCAAGUGCCUUACAAGAUCGUCAAGCACUCCAACGGCGACGCCUGGCUCGAGGCCCGUGGCCAGACCUACUCUCCUUCCCAGAUCGGUGGUUUCGUUUUGAACAAGAUGAAAGAGACCGCCGAAGCUUACUUGGGCAAGAACGUGAAAAACGCGGUCGUCACCGUGCCCGCUUACUUCAACGACUCCCAAAGACAGGCCACCAAGGACGCUGGUCAAAUCGUGGGCUUGAACGUGCUCCGUGUCGUCAACGAGCCUACCGCCGCUGCUUUGGCGUACGGUCUUGAAAAAUCCGACACCAAGGUCGUUGCCGUCUUCGAUUUGGGUGGUGGUACUUUCGAUAUUUCCAUCUUGGACAUCGACAACGGUGUCUUCGAAGUCAAGUCCACCAACGGUGACACUCACUUGGGUGGUGAGGACUUUGACAUUUUCUUGCUAAGAGAAAUCGUCCAAGCCUUCAAGAAGGAAUCCGGCAUCGACCUACAGAACGACCGUAUGGCCAUCCAAAGAAUCAGAGAGGCCGCCGAAAAGGCCAAGAUCGAGUUGUCUUCCACCGUGGCCACCGAGAUCAACUUGCCUUUCAUCACGGCCGACGCCUCCGGUCCUAAGCACAUCAACAUGAAGUUCACCAGAGCUCAAUUCGAAUCUCUCACCGAGCCUCUCAUCAAGAGGACCGUCGACCCAGUCAAGAAGGCCUUGAAGGACGCCAACUUGAGCACUUCCGAUGUCUCGGACGUUAUCCUUGUCGGUGGUAUGUCUAGAAUGCCAAAGGUUGUUGAAACCGUCAAGCAGCUAUUCGGCAAGGAGCCUUCGAAGGCCGUCAACCCAGACGAAGCCGUCGCUAUUGGUGCCGCCAUCCAAGGUGCCGUCUUGGCCGGUGAAGUCACCGACGUCUUGUUGUUGGAUGUCACCCCAUUGUCUCUCGGUAUUGAAACUUUGGGUGGUGUCUUUACCAGAUUGAUCCCAAGAAACACUACCAUUCCAACCAAGAAGUCCCAAAUCUUUUCUACUGCCGCUGCCGGUCAAACUUCUGUUGAAAUCAGAGUUUUCCAAGGUGAAAGAGAGUUGGUGAGAGACAACAAAUUGAUUGGUAACUUCACUUUGUCCGGUAUCCCACCUGCUCCAAAGGGUGUUCCUCAAAUCGAAGUCUCCUUCGACAUUGACGCCGAUGGUAUCAUCAACGUCUCUGCCAGGGACAAGGCUUCCAACAAGGACGCUUCCAUCACCGUUGCUGGUUCUUCUGGUCUUUCUGACUCUGAAAUCGAGCAAAUGGUCAACGAUGCUGAGAAGUACAGAGAACAGGAUGAAAUCAAAAAGAAGGCCAUUGAGAACGCCAACAAGGCCGACCAACUUGCCAACGACACUGAAAGCUCUUUGAAGGAGUUCGAAGCCAAGUUGGACAAGGCCGAGGCUCAGAAGGUCAAGGACCAAAUCACCUCUCUAAGAGAGAUUGUUGCCAGAGUUCAAUCUGGUGAGGAAGUCGAUGCCGAGGACUUGAAGACCAAGACCGACGAGCUCCAAACUGCCUCCAUGAAAUUGUUCGAGCAAAUGUACAAGAACGACUCUUCCAGCAAUGCGGAAGGUAACGGAGAACCAAAGCAGUAA